GCGGCGAGCGCAGCGAGUAGACGCUAUUGCGCGAGUGAAGUGUUUGUGUGCAUUCGUGCUCCGUGCGCCGGCCCCGAUGCAGCGUCCGUGGAGAUGAGCUGGGCGGCGGCGGCGCCCUCCCCCCGAGCCUCUGUCUGUCUCGCUCGCACCCCCCCGCGCCACCACCCGCACACCCGCCCGCGUCCGCGCUAUCAACAUGGCGCACCUCUCCCUUCUCUCUGCACUUCUUCUCUAUGCCUUCCUUAGUGUCCUGCCCUUCUCCCUGGGCGAGUGGAGCAGCUCGGAGCGGUCCCCUGCCCCCGCGCCGCACGCCGCUCUCCCCGCGCCGCUCCCCGCCGAACUUGACGCAGAACUGGUGCGAGACGCGCCCUUGUACCCGCCGCUGCGCGAUGACGUCACCAGUGCUGGAACCAACGCGCCCCAUGAUGCCGCUGACCGGGAGAAGAGAAGCAGCGCGCAUCAGUGGGAUGCUGGUACUAAGCCGGCAACCUCCAGCCGUCGCGUGAAGACCGGCGACACAAUCCUGAACAUCCGCGGCGCGGUCCGGGAUGCGAUCGGGGACGCGGGCGCCGCGCCCGGCCCGCGCGCCUCCUCGCGCCUCGACACCUUCGUGAUCCGGCCCGCGCAGCAGCCGCCCGCGCGCCUGCACCAGCACGACCAGCCGCGCGCUCAACCCAACACCGCACAGGCGCCGAAGCUCGAGCGCGAGUUGUUGGUAGAAGCGCACGCGCGCGCAGUCAUCCCAUGCGACCUGACCAAUGGCACCGAUCUCACCGACCUGCGCUGGUACAAGGAUAGCGAGCUACUAAACCUGCCGUCCUCCCCGGGAGGUGGUGGCGAGCCGGUGUGGCGCGAGGGAACGUCUGCCGUGGUCGGACGAGCUACUAGAGGAGACUCCGGCGCGUGGCGCUGCGCAGGAGUCGACCGCGCCGGUAACACUGUCUCUGGGAAACCUACCAAGUUGCUGAUUUAUGAGGCGGUGCGGUCAGUGUACCUCGCCGUGGACGGACGGCGGCUGGACGCGGGCAACACCUGGGUGCCCGUCAGGGACAAGACCGAGCUGGAGGUGCGGUGCGUUGCUGAGGGUGGCGCGCCCCCACCGGAGCUGUCAUGGCGACUGCUGGCUCUGGAACCUUCGCUCGAUCACCGGCCGUACCUUCGAGUGCACCACACCAACUACACUGUCGAGGGUAUGUGGUGGUCGCACGCGGUGGUGACGGCGGCGCGCGAGCUGCACAACGCCACGCUGCAGUGCGAGGCGAAGCAGCGGCGCCCGGCGGCAGCCUCCCCCGCGCCCGCCCCCGCCGGCACCCCCGCGCCUGCAGCCUCCGCCGCGCCGUACCAGCUCCUCACCGCCAAGCUAGAGAUACAUGUCACGUACCCGCCAUCGUUCGUGAUAUCGCGUUGGCCCGGGUUCGGCGUGUCGCUGUCGGCGGGCGGCGCGGCGGCGCUGCGCUGCGACGUGGACGCCAACCCGCCGGCGCGCGCCUGGUGGCAGCGGGACGAUGCGGAUCCCACCAGCUCCCCCCCGCCGCUGGAGGGCGGCGGCGACGAGACGGCGCGCGGGUCGGCGACGCUGCGCUGGGCGGCGCUGCGCGGCUCGCACGCCGGCUGGUACCGCUGCCGCGCCACGUGGCUCGACACCGACUACUCCUCCAUCGGGUACUACCUCAACGUGCUCUCCCCAGAGGAGGGCGUGGAGCCCCCCACGGAGCCCGAGCCGGAGUCCGAGGAGCCAGAUCAUCAGAAAGUGGAGGUCCCGCUCGGAGGGAACGUGCAGCUGCACUGUCCUAAAGGUAGCGUGGGCUGCUGGUGGCGGCGCGUGGUGGGCAACGCGACCGACACGUGGGCGCCCGCCGGCUCGCACCACGCGCACGGCGUGCUCGGUAUAAAGGAGGCGCUGUAUCAAGAGGGUGGGGAGUACCGGUGCGUGGGGGCGCGCGCGCCGGAUCUAAUGCGCCUGCGCGAACUGAAGCGGGUUACUCUCAGAGUCACUGGCGGCGCGACGGCGACGGCGCUGAGCGCGGAGCCGGCCCGCGGCGGCGGCUGGCGGCUGGAGUGCGGCGCGUGCGGGCGCGGCGUGCGCGUGGCGUGGGUGUUGCCCGACGGCAGCGUGGCGCGCGCCGCGCUCGCGCCCGACCUCGCGCAGCACUGCUGGCGCGCCGCGCUGCACGUCAGGGACCCGGACGAGGUGUGGUGCGUGGCGGUGGGCGGUAGCGGCGGCGCGGUGGCGGUGUUCCCCCGCCGCGGGGCGCACCCGUCCCCCGCGCCCGCGCGACACACCGUCCGCGCGCUGCACGACGCGGCCUCCACUCAUCACCCCGUCAUCACCAUCAUCGCGCUCAUCACCGUGCUUUGGUGA